CAGAGAUUAGAACCCAUGACCUUCUGACUUCUGGGCUGGUACUCUCUCCACUACUCCAUGUGAGUGGGAGACACAGAACUUGCUUCUUCCGGCAUCAUCGUGCCGUCACGCAUCUCAUCACCAAAGCCCUUCCCCACACAUUUGUUGCUGCUGCUUCAUGUCGGCUCUGCCGGCUCUGAGGAACUGCUGAAUCUGGGCUGGGAAACAGUGCCGGAGGACGGUUCCAUUUUCUCCUCUCAUGAACGUUCAGACACCGUCGCUGUUUGGAUUGAAAUCAGUCCGACCUCCUCUCCAGCCCUGGACACAAGCUCACAUCUGCUCCCCUUGAGCGUCCCAUUCAUGGUUCCAAGUCCUCUUGCUCUGAUCGGUAGGCAAGGAGCCAUACCUCAGUGAGGCAACAUGGCAAUUUUCCUAGAGGCCCAGAAUGCUCAUUCGGUUCUGAGACGCUUCCCUCGAGCCAAUGGGUUUUUGGAAGAGUUCCGGCAGGGGACCAUCGAGAGGGAGUGCAUUGAGGAGAUCUGCAGCUAUGAGGAGGUCAACGAGGUGUUUGAGGACAAAGAGCAAACGAUGGAGUUCUGGAAAGUGUACCCAAACGCAGUCUACUCCGUCAGGGACCCCGGGCAAGGCUCGGAUGCCAUGUACGUGGUGGUGCCUCUCCUCGGGGUGGCACUGCUGAUUGUCAUUGCUCUGUUCAUCAUCUGGAGGUGCCAGCUGCAGAAGGCCACCCGCCACCGCCCGUCCUACGCCCAGAACCGGUACCUCGCCAGUCGCCCGGGGCGCAGCCUCCCCCGCGUCAUGGUGUACCGGGAGCCGGCCCACAGCCAGGGGGAGGCUGGCGGCCGGGCCUCGGGGGAGGGCCGGGGCGGGGGGGCCGGGGCAGCCCCAGACAGCACCCUCUGUGUCCCCGAGCACUCGACCUCGGUGCUGUCCAGACUGUCCAGUGCCACCCCUCCCCCAUCCUACGAGGAGGUGACCGGCCACCCGGAGAGCAGCAGCGAGGAGACCAGCGUCUCCUACAGUGACCCUCCUCCCAAGUACGAGGAGAUAGUGGCGGACCGCUCCGCUUCGGACAAGUAACGGGGCCGGCCUCGCGCUCUGAAAUCCCUGUGGGUGUCCCCUUCUUCUCGGUCCAGCAAGCUGGUGCCACCACAGAACAGCCUUACCCGCCUCGUCGCCAAAACCCACUCAUGAGGGCCGGGCUCUAUCUUGGUCGGGCAGGGGAGGAGGGGGCCGCAAUGUUGACCAGAGAGUCCGGCCGGCCACCACCGGACCUGCCCCCUCCCUCAGUCCUGGUGGGUAGCUGAGUGGCUGGCCAUGGGGGCCUGGCUCGCUUCAGGGCCUCCGCCCAUUCGGGGACCCCAAGCCCCCGGCACCCCUCCCCAGGGCCUAGCCCACCCUCAAGAGAAGAGGGCCUACCCAGGGCUGAGUUGCUUCUGCCAGAGGAGGAGGAAGUGGGAUGGAAGUGGGAGGCCGCACUGUAAGGGAUGGUGCCCGUAGGCCGUCUGGAGGGGAGAGGUCCCAACUGGCACCAAGGGGUAGGCGAACGUGCCGUUUCCAUCGGGGGGCUAGGGAGAGAAGUGGGUCCUCUUCUUCUAAGUGCCACAACUUCCCCGGGCAAGGGUCGUUGUGCGGAACGUCCAUCGGCCUCCGCUGUGGAGGACAGCAGCGUUAGGGGAGAGCGGUUCAGGGGUGAGCGGCAAUCCCUCGAGAACAAUCGUGUGGUAACAGCAUCACUGCCAGCAGGGCCUUCCCUGGCCUCACACAGCUACUACUAGCCACCCCCGACCCAAAGCUGAUACCAGACCGACACAGUUCAGGACCAGGGCCGGCGUUCCCCAGACUUUUCAAAGAGCUAAGACAAGUAGGCCCUUCUGACAUUAUCCACAAGCCUCAGUGCCUGCGAGGGAGGUGGUGCCAAAGUUUUCAUUACUCCAGUCUGGCGCUGGUGAGGUUUGUGGGAAGGAAGGGAAGGAGCUGGGGGAGGGGAGUGAUUUUGGGGGUUCACUACUAUGUGUUCUUGCCUGUCGCAACUGUGUGUGUAUUUGUGUGUGUUUGAAACUCUUUCCAUCCUCCAGGAGCUCCUAAUCUCAGCACAACAGCUGUGCACAGAAGGGGAGGGGACUGCCCCAUUCAGUUGACUCCAGUGUACAAGACAGUUUGUAUCUUU